UUGAGUCUUUCAAAAUAUAAAAUACCUUUAGGACUAACAUUUAAAUAACUUUAGCAAUGCAUCUUUCAAAUUAUGCAUUCUCAAUAUUAUAUACUUUAACUCACAGGUAAAUUUGUUAAUAUUUAAAUUUCUCAAGAGAAAUUAAGAAACACAAAGAUUAAGCUAAAGCCACCUUACUUGUUAUACUAAAAAAAGUCAAAGAUGACUUUAAGAAAUUAUUCUUAGAGUCAAUCUUUUGCUAAGGAAGUCUAGCUUGUUUUUUUCUUCCACCUGUUCAGUGAGUACAAAGGUUAAGACAAAGUGAAAUAAAUCACAUGACAUGCUUUUUUUUAAAUGGUGUAGAAGAAAGACAGCAGAUUCCUUACACACCAGUCUCAGAGACAAAAGAAAAAAGGAAAGGUUAGCAGUAUGAAAACCAGGAGCAUCGCAACCUUGUUUUGGCUGCUCUCCACGCUAUUACUAUCAGAAGAAAACCAGACUUCUAAAACAGAAGUCAAAUGUGAUUCUAGUGCAAAGAAUUAUUCUUUGAUUCCAGCAAAUAUCAAUAAAAAUGUUACUAUACUUGACCUCAGUUAUAAUCAAAUUACUCUAAAUAUUAUAGACACAAGAGUUCUACAGACAUAUUUUUUACUCAAUGAGCUCUAUUUGAUUGAGAACAAAGUCAAUAUCCUACUCAAUAAUUCUUUCAGUAACCUGUCCAAUCUAGAAAUUUUAAAUAUCUGUAGAAAUUCCAUUGACACAAUUCAACAGGGUGCCUUUACAGGAUUACAUAAACUGAAAAAGUUAUAUCUCUGCCAAAACAAAAUAGUUCAACUGAAUCCUGAUACACUUUUGCCUCUUAAAAACCUGAUACUAUUGAAUUUGCAUGGCAAUUUGAUAAGCUAUUUUGAUGUACCACAACUGUUUCAUCUGGAAUUCAUAAUUUUGCAUGGAAAUCCAUGGAACUGCUCCUGUAGUCUACUGAACUUUCAAAAGUGGUUGAAGACAUCGAAUGUGACACUAGAAAAUGAGAGCAUCACCAUGUGUAGUUAUCCAGAUAUCCUGAAGUGCUACAACAUCAAAACAGUGCCUUACAAGGCUGAAUGUUACUCAAAAUUUCCUUCAUCUAUAACUGAAGACCUUCACAUUCAUUUUCAGUCCAUUUGCAAUUCAACAUUUAAUAACUCUUUGAACAACUUGACAAGAAAUUCAGAACAUGAAUCUCAUGGAAAAAGCUGGGCUUUUCUUGUCGGUGUUGUCAUCACUGUAGUGAUGACUUCACUCCUCAUUUCAGUUGCUAUCAAAUGUCCAGUAUGGUAUAAUUUUCUGCUUAGUUACAAUCAUCAUCGUCUGGAAGAACAUGAAGCAGAAACCUAUGAAGAUGGUUUUACUGGAAAUCCAAGCUCUCCUUCACAGAUACCAGACACAAACUCUGAAGAAACUACAGUAAUAUUUGAACAACUACAUUCUUUUGUGGUAGAUGAUGAUGGGUUUAUUGAAGACAAAUAUAUAGAUACUCAUGAAUUACAUGAAGAAAAUUAAUUUCUUUCAAUGUCUGAUUUUUAAAAAAAUGUUACCAACUCACUCACAUUUUAGGCAUGGAAAUUUUGAUCAAUGGUAUACUGAACUAUGGCCAGUAGACCAUCAUAUUAAUUGCAACACAUAAAUAUCAUAAAAUUACACUCCUCUCAUUGACUUUGUGCAAGUAGGUCCAAAUACAGUAGCUGCCACUCCUUGGUACCUAACAGUUAAAAUACUAGCAUUACUAUUAUCAGCAGUAUAUAUGAGACCCAAAAUAAUAGUAGGAAAAAAAAUCUACAUUAUUCUUUAAUUAAAGUGAACAGAUUCUCAUAUUAGCCAGAUAUUUGAUGUAACACCUAUUAAAGUUUUACUGAUUGGAAUCAGUAAAGAAAUAAAGAUUUUGGAAUUUUAUCAUGAGCUGAAGUGAAGAAAAGAGAUAGCUUAAACUGACAACACAUUAAGAUUGAUUUUAUGCCCACAGAAUGAAUUCAUGAAAUUGGAAAAUGCUUUUUAAAUCUUUUUAAAUGCUUCCUGAAUUGGGACAACAAAUUUCUGAAAAUUUAGCAGCAAUUUAAAGCACAGGCACAAUGUCUGGGCACAGUCUCUUGAUUUCAGUUAUGAAGAAAGAUUGUCAUCAAAAUAAAUGACUGUUGCAACUGAAUAAUACAGUAACUUCCAAAGUGGAAAUUAUCUAUGCAUCUUGUUUUAAAAAAUACCUAUUCUGCUCUUUUGGAGGACAUUUUUAUUCAAGUGAUUCUGUUCUGGAGCUGAGGAAUCUUCAGUUAGCCUAUGGUUAGUUCUUUGGGAUGCUGUAGGCAGAGCAAUGCUUCCAAACUUGUUUUCUAGAACAUUAACUUCCAGAGAGACAUUCAGAAGUAUUUACAGGAUGGAGGAUUAAAAGGUACAUGGUCAAAGUGAUAGUUGUUCAGUUGUGUCUAACUCUUUGUGACCUAUGGACUAUGCUGUCCAUGGAACUCUCCAGGCCAGAAUACUGAAGUGGGUAGCCAUUCCUCCUCCAGGGGAUCUUCCCAACCCAGGGAUUGAACCCAGGUCUCCCUCAUUGCAGGUGGAAACUACUAUAGAAUUAUGAGAAAAUACUGGGUUUAAACAAAGUCAAACAAGCUUCUUUACUAUAGGACUUAUAGUAAGGAAGGACUUCUUUGCUACCCAAGACUUUACUAAGCUAAACUGCUUUCUGCUCUUCAAGAGCAUAAUAUUAAGAAUUUGCCAGAUUUCCUGACAACAAAACCUUUUCUUUGAUGCAUGGCUACUAACAGAUCAUAGCACAAUAAUGGUCCAAAGAACACUGGCUUUGAAACUAUUACAAGAAAAGUCUAAAGUGAAUUAUUUGCUAAUUCUUUAUCAUCAACUGGCUACAAUCAUAAUUUUAACAAGUUAAUGUAAAUAGUAGCACUAAAAACUGUAAAAAAAAAUCCAUCAUUUUUACUUUUCAUAUGUGGGGUAAUUUAGUAUACAGUAUUUUAUCUAUAUAUAUUAGAAAAAAUUUCUAAAACACUGAAAUAUAUUUACAGAUUAAAUAAUAUGGUGUUUUAGAUUUUCUUCAUUAUACAAGGAAGAGAACAGCAUCCAGUGGUGUAGAUGGAGCAGGGUUGGAUAAAAGUUGAUGGAGAUGGGUGCUUAGGAGUAUGUUAUUUUAUUUUUGUGUAUGUUCAAAUUUCUCUAUAACAUAAAGUUUCAAAAAUGUGUAUAACUGAUAGUUGCUUAGAAAAAAGAGACUAAAAAUAAUGUAGAUGUAUAUUAUUUUCUAACAAUAGUCAUUUUUAAGGUUAUAUAAAUAGUAAAUUCUGUUCAAAUGUCUACUGAGGAAAAUAAAAAUUGUUUAGGAUGAUAUACUCUGUGAAAUAAAAUAACUGACUCAUUUGUAAUGCAUAUCUGCUUGUAUUUAUAGGAACAUGUUUUCAAUAAAGGAUAUAAAUGCUU